CCAUUGGAAUUCACGGUCUGUUUUCUAUAGACUGCAAAAGAGAGGCAAGCGGCGACGCCAAGCAGAUGUGAUUUGGACUACAGAGACGAACAAGCCAUUGUGGAGACGGAAAUCUGUGAUUCUAACAUGUGGCAGCCCGCGACAGAGCGAUUGCAGCACUUCCAGACCAUGCUGAAGACCAAGCUCAACGUGUUGACUCUGAGGAAGGAGCCGUUGCCCACGGUGAUAUUCCACGAGCCAGAGGCAAUAGAGCUGUGUUCCACCACCCCACUCAUGAAGAACCGGACACACGCCGGCUACAAGGUGACUUACCUGGGCAAGGUGACCAUCUCUGGGACCCAGUUCUUGUCGGGUUGCACAGAACGGGCCGUGGAGGGCCUGUGGGACUGCCAGGCCCGCUCCACAGAGGGCCUCCUCCCUGCCGACUCCCUCUUGGAGAUCCGCCCAUUCCAGGUACGGCUCCACCACCUGGAUGGCCGUGGCGAGGCCUCCAUCACCAUGGAUACCUACCAGGUUGCGCGAAUCGCCUACUGCACCGCCGACCACAACGUGAGCCCCAACGUGUUUGCCUGGAUCUACCGGGAGAUCAACGACGACCUGACCUUCCAGAUGGACUGCCACGCGGUGGUGUGCGAGAGCAAGCUGGAGGCCAAGAAGCUGGCCCAUUCCAUGAUGGAGGCCUUCCGCAAGACCUUCCACAGCAUGCGCAGCGACGGCCGCAUCCACAAGAGCAGCUCCUCCGACGAGUUUGCCGAGGACUCCACCCCGGAUGAUUCCACCCCGGACGACGGUUGAGCGUUGGGGAGGCUCACCCGGUCCCCGCUAGCGAGGUGCAGCCAGGGGGCGCUCUCUCUCUCUUUCUGGUACCAACACGGAACAACACCAUCUUACCUACACAGACCACCGCCAACAACAGGACGACAAUUAUGUAGUAAAAAAAAUAUUAAAUAUAUAUAUAUACAUAAAGAAAUUAGGAGGACAAAGGAGCAACUACAGACCUUAUGUGGAAGGGAUGUUAAACACUGCCUCUUUGAAAAUGGCCCUUGAAAACAUAUGUCUGGCAACAGAUGCACCUACAAACCUGCCUAGAAGAGAUUGGAUUACAGCUAAGAAAGUUACACCCCAUUCUAUGCUGCUGUCUGUCUCAUUCAUUGUGCGUAGGCCCCCAGUGCAUGGCACUGUUAAGUGUUGAAUAUGUUUUUUUUGUGUGUGUUUUUUUAGUUUUUUUUUAAAGAAAGCUUUGACUCAAAUUUUGGUGUGUAAACAGCUUGGUGCAGAUAGAGCUUGGUUCAUGGAUAUAUAUGUGCUUUGGCCCCCAUAUAUAUCACAUUCCGUCCCUAUAUGAACACACCAAGAGGGUUUUUAGCCACAUCUGGCCUAUCAGUUAUGUGCCACCUCUGUGGCCAGGCUGGUCUCACAAGCCUUUCUCAAAUGUGUGUGUGUGUGCAAGUGUGAGUGGGCACGUAUGUGCGUGUGCAUGCGUGCAUGACUGUAUGUGUGCACAUAUCCGUGCAUAUGUAUCAGAGAGGUACAGAUGGAACAAGACCUAUCAUAGCAAAAAUAAUCCAACUAGAAACUCCUCAUGACAGUCAAGUAAGAUCCCAUUCUGAUGCCUUUUGAGGCUUUUAAAGAUUGAAAAUACUGUGACCAAUUGCCAAGUUUGAUUUUUAAAUGAAAAGUGUAUGUUAAUAUCAGAGACAGAGGCUUGAGGACCACAAACAUAGCUGUUCAAGUACACGACUGAAGCCUGGUAGCCUUUUCUGAAUAAAUGACAGGUCUAUCAGGCUUCAGGCUCCAGACACCUUUUUAGAAACUGCAGACUUUUACGUUUCUAUACAUUUCUGAUGGCUCUGCAAUGGCAAGGACAGGUUUCUGUCAUGGCACCUGAAGAUAAUGAUUCUGCGUUCAGGCUGGGUGAGUGAAUCUAUGGGCAAAUUCAGCCAGCUCCCCUGCCCUGCUGCCUUGGAGGGAUCGCAGGGUCGUUCAGGGCCAAAUGCUGCCCCCACAAGACCUCCACCCACCUCCUUUUGUAUCCCACCGUCCUGAACGGACUGGAGCCUCUCAAAGGGACUGGUCGUGGUCUGGGACUGAGGCAGAAUUUAAGAUGGCUCCGGUCAGUAGGCUACAUAUAUACAAUUUAUAUAAAUAUAUA